GAGAACCUUUGACAUUCUCCGUUUGACCACUUUGACCCUCCCGGCUCCCAGUCAACUUAUCACAAAUUGUUAAUAUUACUUGUUCUGAUCUUCAGUCGUCCAGAAGACCGAAGGCGAAUAUGGUUUUAAUAAAAAUAAUUACAUUGAUAUUAGCGUGUAACGCAUUACACGGACGAGCAGACGAGCAAUUGGCGAGAGUUCCUCUGACCAAAAUUGACUCAGUGAGAAGAACGUUCCAUGAUGUUGGAACAGCCGUGAAGCAAUUGACACUAAAGUAUAACACUGGAGUAGGGGGCGUUUUUCCAGAACCUCUAUCCAAUUAUAUGGAUGCCCAGUACUAUGGACCUAUAUCUCUCGGUACACCUCCUCAGUCAUUCAGAGUUGUUUUUGACACCGGUUCCUCAAACUUAUGGGUGCCUUCAAAGAAAUGUUCAAUGUUAAAUAUCGCCUGCUGGGUUCAUAGGAAAUAUGACAGCUCUAAAUCUUCUAGUUAUAAGAAAAAUGGUGAGAAGUUUGAAAUAAAAUAUGGGUCGGGAAGCUUAUCAGGAUAUUUAUCAACUGAUGUUCUUUCUGUUGGUGGUGUUCAAAUACAGUCACAGACAUUUGCUGAAGCAGUGAACGAACCAGGAAUGACAUUUGUUGCAGCUAAAUUUGAUGGCAUUUUGGGACUUGGAUAUGACACAAUUUCUGUUGACAAAGUUGUGCCUCCAUUUUAUAAUAUGAUUACUCAAAAAGGAGUCAACCGGGCAGUUUUCUCUUUCUAUAUCAACAGGGAUCCUUCAGCUUCUUCCGGUGGGGAAAUUAUUUUUGGCGGUUCCGAUCCAGAUAAAUACACGGGCAACUUUACAUAUGUGCCAAUAACCAAAAAAGGAUACUGGCAGUUUACGAUGGACAGGGUUGAAAUCGAUAAGCAAAGUUUCUGUAAAAAUGGGUGUCAAGCAAUUGCUGAUACUGGCACAAGUUUAAUCGCAGGCCCUAUGGAAGAAGUCAAGAGUUUAAAUGAACUUAUCGGUGCAACAGCUAUGGCCGGAGGGGAAUAUGUUAUUUCUUGCAGCUUGAUCCCUAAUCUUCCAAAAAUUAAUUUUGUAUUAGGAGGAAAAUCGUUUGCAUUGGAAGGAAAUGAUUACAUUUUAAAAGUAUCUGCAAUGGGGAAAACACUUUGCCUGUCAGGAUUUAUGGGAAUUGAUAUACCACCACCGCAUGGACCAUUGUGGAUUCUUGGUGACGUUUUUAUUGGGCGAUUUUACACUGAAUUUGAUAUGGAAAAUGAUCGAGUAGGGUUUGCUUUAUCUAAUAAAUGAUCAAGUUUGGAUUAAUUUUAAAGUAUUCCCUGUCUUUUAAGAAAAACAAUUUUGUAUACUCAUUGUACAACUAAACUAUUAAAAUAAAACUUAAGAUACUUUGUUUGAUACUCAAUAGAUAGUUGAGCCCAACAAUAUGGGCCUUAAUCCUAUAAAAGAUAAUAUCAAAUAUCAAAAUGUUACUUAUGUGUAAUUUUUUGUUUUGAUAAAUUGACAAUAAUAGUGAAUAAAGAUUGUUUCAAAAUGAGUGCAUAAUUUUC